UCGGGGACCGCCUUUUGGGAAUUGAUUGAAAGUGCUUGGACAGGUGUGCGUGACGAGCGCCGGUGACCGCGGAUGGCCAGGGACCUGAUCGGGCCGGCGCUGCCACCUGGCUUCAAGGCCAGCGGACUGGCGGAGGGCGAGGAGCGGGACCCGAGCCCGGUUGCAGGACCAGCUCUGCCCCCAAAUUACAAAAGCAGUAGUUCAGAUUCGUCAGACAGCGACGAGGACAGCAGCUCUUUGUCUGAAGAAGGAAAUCAAGAAUCCGAGGAUGAAGACUCUGGUCCUACUGCAAGAAAACAGGGGAGAUACGAAGAUGAUGAUGAUGACGAUGAUGGAUUUUUUGGACCAGCCCUUCCUCCUGGAUUUAAAAAGCAGGAUGAUUCUCCUCCAAGGCCCAUCAUAGGUCCUGCAUUACCACCUGGCUUCAUUAAAUCUACCCAGAAAAGCGACAGAGGCAGAGAUGGUCCAAGAAAACCAGAAACAGAUAGCAGUGACAAUGAGGACAUUAUUGGACCAAUGCCUGCAAAAGGACCAGUUAACUACAAUGUAUCAACAGAGUUUGAAAAAAGAGCCCAGAGAAUGAAAGAAAAACUGACCAGAGGAGAUGAUGAUUCAUCUAAACCAAUUACGAGAGAGUCGUGGAUGACUGAGCUUCCUGCAGAAAUGAAAGACUUUGGCCUUGGGCCUCGGACUUUCAAGAGGAGAGCUGAGGACAAAUCAGGGGACCGAUCAGUGUGGACGGACACUCCAGCUGAUCGAGAAAGGAAAGCAAGGGAGACACAGGAAGCAAGGAAGUCAUUCAGCAAGAAGGACGAUGAAGAACCUGAGUUGUCAGGAAGGGAUAAGAGAUUGGCUGAGCAGGUGUCCUCAUACAAUGAAUCAAAAAGAUCAGAAUCUCUUAUGGACAUUCAUCAUAAAAAAUUAAAGAAUAAGGCUGCUGAAGAUAAAAACAGGUCCCAAGAGAGAACACCAUUUGACCGUGAUAAGGAUCUCAAGGUUAAUCGGUUUGAUGAAGCCCAGAAAAAAGCCCUAAUAAAGAAAUCUAGAGAACUAAACAGCAGAUUUUCACAUGGCAAAGGCAGUAUGUUUUUAUAAGUAAGUACAUUUCAGUGAACUGUAUUUUCAUAGUGACCCAUUUGAACUUUCUAAGUACUCUAGUGUCUAUAAUUCUGGCCUAUAAUUCUGGUCUAUAAUCUAAAAUAAAGUAGAUUGCAAAUCUCCAUUUUUAAUAAGUGAACUGAUUUUUGAAGGUCAGCCUUGAUGGAUUAGAAACAAUGUGGUUUACUGGAAAAUGGGCAUGUCCUUCUAAUAAGCUAAUAGAGUAUUGCUGUCAAAAAUGCUUUCAAAAUAAAAAGUUCAGCAAAGGAAAGCAUAGCAUGAAACUUGAGUAAACGUCCAUGUUUUAGUAAAGAAGGAAAAAGGGAGUUUUCCUGGGUAGUUUUUAUGUUAAACAGGAUCACAGUUAGAAAAUGUUCAUUGCUUUGAAAGGCCUUCCAUAAGUUAAUGUUCGAAACCUUUAAGACAGCAUAGCCCACUCUGCCCAGGGCUGCUGAUGUUGAGGAAGGAGCAAGAGCUGAGCUUGCUUCUUAAAACCUUUGUGAUUUUAAUUGUGUGAAGCUUAUGUCAGCAUUCAGAUGUGACUUUUAGCGGACAGCAUGGUUAAAGUCAGACGUGUCUUCCAACUUACUGAAUUUUCUUAUUCUCACCUCAGGGGGAUUUCCCUGUGCAAUGAAGAAAAGUUGAAGAAAUCUGUUUUGUCAGUCUGUCCACCUUAAUUCCUUUGUUUUGGGCUUUUUAAGAUUAUAGAUUAAUUUUUUAAAAAAAAAUCCAGCUUUACCUUGUUCUGUGAGUCCUUUAAGGUGAAAACAUAAUGCCGGUGUUUCUUCUGUAGGGUGGAAUGUUUUGUGUGCUAUUGGUGUCUGAGGAAGGAUAGGCUUCACUUUGUAAGAGUUCAAGAGUCCCUUCCUGAGUUUCUGGUGUCUGACAAGAGCUGGUCAGCAUCAGCCAUUGCAUCAGGCCUCCCUGCGGAAUCUAGCCUGCCCUGGAGUUACGGGUGUCCCGUCCUGGCA